AUGUCUUUCCCACGAUUGGACGAUAAUCACCAGCCCGAUAAGAUUUACGCCUACCACCUCUUUUCCCGCUCUACUCAUCUCAACGAAGCCGUGAAGAUCUUCUCAGAGAAACACCAUGAAGUCCAUGUGCUCAAUGCGCGCUCCUUUGAAGACAGCCUCUCGCUGGACGGAAUAGAUGUCAACGCCCAUCGAUUACUAGAAGAGGAAAAUCCAUUGGAUGCUGCUAUUCUAGCGCUCAACGGCGUCGACCGACGUGUCACUCACAUUUCCAUCACUGGCUACAGUCUGGGGGGGCUCAUUGCCCGCUAUCUAAUUGGGCUGCUGUUUCUCCGGGGCUUUUUCGACAAAGUCCAACCGAUGAAUUAUACCUCGUUUACGACGCCUCAUGUGGGAAUACCGCCACCACCAUAUAGCUCAAAAUUUUGGUUCUCCCUUGGAACUGCAUUACUCGGUCGCAGUGGAGCCCAACUACAUCUUUCUGACACGUAUGGCGAGACCGGCCGACCUCUGCUAUCUGCUAUGGCGCAUCCUGAAUCUUCUUUUUGCCGAGGUCUGGCGUUAUUCAAGAAUGUUGCUAUAUAUUCCAACGCAAUCAACGACGUGACAGUCCGAUAUGUUAGCGGAGCCAUUGAAGAGAGCGAUCCGUAUGCUAAACACUCCGAAGACGAGAUGCUUCCAGUUUACAUUCCCGAAUUUUCACCACUCAUCCAAAGCUUUUCCCUACGACGACCACCUGCAAGGCCCUGGCUUCGGAAACCACGAAAAUUUGACGGUCCUCUGACUGUGUGGAGCUUUCCUUGGAACAUGAUUCUCUACCUCUGCCUGCCGUUGCUGAUCGCAUUCUGGUUUCUAUACCUGGCAAUCUACUGUCCCAUAGUUCUUUAUGCCUCCGAAAAGCGCGUCAAGGAACUCCUCCCGCGACUUGAAACACCUCCAGAAAUGCCCUGUGUCUCCGAAGUCCAUUCAGACGCGCCUGAAAUGUCACCGGUCCAGUUAGGAAUGGUUCGAGGCCUGAAUAGUGUGACCGCGUUGAAGAAAUAUUCAGCAUUUCGCCCCGGCAUUCGCAACUCGCACGGGAUGAUCAUUUGCUUGGAGAGUGGAUGGGAAGACCAUCAGGUUGGUCGAGGAGUUCUUCGUCAUUGGGCGAAUGAGUUUGUAGUCUUAUGA